CCAGACCAAGGGUUGAAAUCUAUUGACAUUUAGAUAGACAAUGGAAACACUAGCUGGAUGGUUUCCAUGGUAACACCAUAAGGACACCCGUCGAGCUUCUGUGUCUAGGUAAUUGCUCACCAGAUAAUGCUGGCAGAUUAAAAUGGAUUUUAAACAGUCAUGAGUAUUUAUAGCCAGAGGACGAGUUCAAAUUGACCUCAGCUACUAAACAUGGAGAUUGUCAAGGUACGAGUUGGAGACAGCGUCUUUGAAACGAACAAAUCUCUACUGCUAAGAGAUUGCGAGUAUUUCAGGGCACUUUACAGAUCAGGGAUGGUAGAGUGCCAUCAAGAAGAAAUUCACGUGAAAAACCUCCACGCUCGAGGGUUUUUAAUCAUGUUGGCGGUGGCCGGCGGUGAGAGACCGGCGCUGAGCGAUGAUGAGAUAUUGGAGGCCAUUGAAUGUGCUGCAUUCUUCCAGUCAGAACCUCUUGCCAAGCAUCUUCAGGAUCUUCUCAGCUCUGACAAUUGCUUACUAAUGUACCAAGCUUCAGCCACUUACGGCUUAUGGAGACUCCACGAGAUGUCAGCGCAGUUCAUUCGCAAUAUAUACAGUGACCUACAGGAGGAGUUGAGCGGCCUUCCUCAGGAAAUGAUUGAAUAUGUGGACUCUCAGGUUCCUAGUGUUUUUGUAGCUGUGGGUUCACACUCUUCUUGUGCUGCCGAAGAGGUUCCUAUGGCUGCCACGAGGACAGUAUGUUACCUCGACGAAGAUGAGAAAGAUUGGAAGGUCCUCACGGCCUUGCCCAUGGAGGCCAGUACUUCUUUGGCUGGUGUUACUGUUUUGGACAACAAACUUUACAUUGUUGGAGGUGUGCACGGCUUUGACAAGAGGGCCGUCGAUGCCAGCUUUUGCUACGAUGUUGUUACUGAUACCUGGGGAUUACUGCCAGGUCCCAGACAGCCACGGUACAACCUAACCCUAAUCGGGUUAGAAGAUUGCCUUUAUGCCAUUGGAGGAGAAUCAGAAAGAAGAACCAUUUCCUCAGUCGAAAAAUACAACGUCGUCACAAAGGAAUGGUCCUUCGUUUCACACUUACCAAGGCCAGUAGCUGGGGUAGCAUGCGCUAAGUCUAUGAGCCGGAUUUUUGUUUGUCUGUGGAAGCCAAUGGAGACUAAUGAAAUCUACGAAUACAUCCCAAAGAAGGACACGUGGGUUCUGGUCACUAAAUUGCUAAAGCAUCAGAGCUAUGUACACUAUAUGGUGGCACACAGGGACAACCUCUACGUGAUACGCAACACUCCAAAGGAUGACUUUCUACGAUGUUUGAUGGACUGCUACAACAUCACCACAGGUCAAUGGACGUCUAUGCCUGGUCACUAUGGCAACAGCAAAGGGGCACUGUUUACUUCAGUAGUCAGAGGAGACUCUGUGUUCACACUAAACCGUACCAUGACACUGGAGUACACCAUCGACGGAAACACGUGGAAACCACGUAACCAGAUGCAGGGUUUUCCCAGGAAUGGAUCCGUGUGGACGUUUCUACUGAGGAUCCCAAAUGAAAGGAAAAAUGUGGAAUUAUGUCUUAAAUGACCAUAGCCACAGUAGCAAUGGAUUGUAUAUCAUAAUUCUUAAUUCUUGAAAUAUUCAAUAUUAAAAAUAUUUAAUUGAGAAAUUUUACUAUGACUUUAUGUCGCAAGUUAUCUAAAUAUCAAAUAAAAUGUAUAAAUUAGCCAUACUAACUGUACUGUAAUUCAGAACAUUAUUUUUUAAAGUGCUGUUAAAGGAAAACACCACCGUUUUUCAAUUUUUAGUAUGUUUCUACCUCAACUUGGACAAAUUAAUACACACCUAUCUUUUUUCAAUGCGUACACUUAAUCUUUGUACAGCACGUCGUGAAUGUGUUAGCAUUUAGCCUAGCCCCAUUCAUUCCUUAGGAUCCAAACAGGGGUGAAUUUAGAAGCAACCAAACACUUCCAUGUUUUCCCUAUUUAAAGUAGUUACACGAGUAAGUA